AUGGCCCCAUCUCAGCACGCCGCCGGCACCGCUGCGUCAAGCCCCAGCGUUGCUGCUGCUGCCGCUCCGACGACGCCAGGCGGCGGCCGCCAGCGUUCGCAGCCUGCCGGCUCGUCUUCCGCAACCACGCCGGCCCCGGCCCCGGCCCCGGCCCAGCCCCAGCAGCCGCAAGAACACCAGCCUCUGUCCCAGCAGCAUGCCCAGCAGCAUGCCCAGCUGGGCGCCCAAGGCCCCCAGCACAAGCGCGUUUACCAGGCCUGCAUACCUUGUCGCCGCCGCAAGGUACGAUGCGACCUGGGCAGCGUCGACAACCCCCACGACCCCCCCUGCGUGCGCUGCCGCCGCGAGAGCAAGGAAUGCUUCUUCUCCGCCACCCGCCGCAAGCGCAAGACCGACGACGACGGCGAGGGUAGCGACGUCGACGACUACGUCAUCCGAAACGGUCGCAAGAGAGCUCACCCCGAGGGAAGCCCGCCUCCGCGCCUCGACCGCCGCUUCUACAGCGACGUUCCCCUCACCCCCGGCGGCUCCCACGGCCGCAGCCAGCCUUUGCGCCGACCCGACGGCGGCGCGCCGAGGCAGCGGAGGGACUCGGAGCUCGACGGCGACGGCGACGCAAACCUCGAGAACCUCGAGGCCCAGACCGCCAUGCGCCGUGCCGUGUACAACCCGCACGACGCCCUGGAUCUGCUCUACAAGGCAGCAACCGACAGGUGCGCCGUUCCCGAGCCGUCCGGCACCAUGGUAUGCAGUGCUGACUUUGCUAGUCCCGCCGCAAACAACAACAACCACCACCACGUUCGCGAGGGAAGCAUCGCCUCGGCCACAACGGCCCCGGCCCACCAUCCUACGCCGCAAGAUGCCAUGAGCAGGGACGCUCCCAGACCGAGGUCCAUGUCCGUCCGGCUCGAGGUGGAACAACAACAGCAGCAGCAGCAGCAGCAGCAGCAGCAACUCCAACUCCAACUCCAACUCCAACUCCAACACCAACAGCACCAGCAACACCAGCAACACCAGCACCAACACCAACAACAACACCAGCACCAACAAGCCCCGCAGCAUCUUUACGAAAAUCCAUCACACCAACUACCGCAACCAACCGUUGAUCUUGCCCUGGCGCAACCGCCGGCUUUGCGCAGUCAGCCAGGCUAUGUAGAUGCUUUACGUGCCUGGUCAAGGUUCCGUUUUGUACGAGCCGGUUGGUUUACAGCCCAGGAAGCCAUAGAGUAUAUAGACUAUUACUACAAAUACCUUUCUCCCAUGACGCCCAUUUCCCCGCCAACAUUUAGUGAUCCGGCAUCCCAUAUAACGCUCCUUACCGAAGAACCCAUCCUAACCGUCACGCUCCUCACCAUCUCUUCGAGAUAUCGCCAGAUGCCGGGGACCGGCGGACACUGCCGCUCGCACGCCAUUCCGGAGCAGCUGUGGACGUACCUUCGAGGCAUGAUUGAGCGCUGUCUCUGGGGCCAGGAAGCCUUUGGCGGUGGGUUCUGCGGCUCGGGCGGGCCCGGCUCCUCGUCCCUGAUUGUGGAGGAGAGCGACACCAGCAGCACGGCGCCCUGGCGAGGAAUGAGAAAAGGCAGCUUGCGAACGCUGGGCACCAUUGAGUCGUUGCUGAUCCUGACGGAGUGGCACCCCCGGGCCUUGCAUUUCCCCCCGCAAGAGGCCACGGACGAGCUCAUGCUUCCCGACUACGGCAGCGGCGGACCGACGAUUGCGUCGGACGACUCCAACAGGAACCUCGGGGCCGGUUUCGGCGGCAAGCGGAUCGAGAGCUGGCUGGAACCGGCCUGGAGGAGCGACCGAAUGUGCUGGAUGCUGCUGAGCACGGCCAUGGGCCUGGCGUACGAGCUGGGCGUGUUUGACAACAUUGACGAGAUGCUGAGGGACGACACCAUCACGCGGCCCGAGUUUAUGGACGAGCCCUACCGAACUCGGGCCAACCGCAUCAAGAGGCUGCUCCUGAUCUACACGUCCCAGCUCGCCGGGCGACUGGGUUGGACGAGCAUGACGCCGGAGCAUCUCCGGAAGGCGGACCCCGCCGUGGCCCGGCGUCGCACCAUGUCCAACGAGGGCAACACCCCGAGCACGGCCUCCAUGGUCAACGGGUUCAACUACGUGCCGGACCUGGAGCUCGACGACCAGAUCAUCCACUGCUGGGCCGGCAUCAGCAACGCCAUGCACAUUGGCAACGAGAAGCUGUUCCGGUCGCGAAAGUACACGACGGAGAUUAUCCAGUCCGGACGCUACGUCGAGCUGCUGAGGGACUUUAGCCCCCUGCUGAAGGACUGGUACAGAGAGUUUGAGCUCUUCCGCCUCCCCCCGUUCAUCCGACACAUCUUGACCAUCGAGUACGAGUACGUCCGCAUCUACGUCAACUCUCUCUCGCUGCAGGCGGUCGUGGAGCGGUGCACCAGCAACGCCGGCCACACCGCCAACGGCAGCAACGGCAACGGCAACGGCAACGGCGCCGGCGGCGGCGGCGGCGGCGACCGCGGUCAGGCGGCCGGCGGCCCCGCGCAGCUCUCGCCGCAAACCAUGAUCAACUACGGGAAGCUGCCGCUGGGCCAGCUCGGCGGCUUCACCAUCCACGACCAGGAGUACGUGCGGGAGGUGGUCGACGGGUGCCGGAACCUGCUGCGCACCGUGGUCGAGGGCCUCCUGCCGGGCGGCUACCUCAAGCACGCGCCCGUGCGGACGUACUUUCGCAUCAUCAGCGGCGCCAUGUUCCUCCUCAAGACGUUUGCCCUGGGGGCGCCGCGGUCCGACGUCAAGAUGAGCAUCGAUCUCAUGGACGCCACGACCGAGGCGCUGCGGAACUGCGUCGUGGACGACGUGCACCUGGGCAUACGGUUCGCCGACCUGCUGGAAACCCUGACGAGCCGGCUGAGGAACCGCUUCAUCCAGGCGCCGAGCCUGCAGCAGCAGCAGCAGCAGCAGCAGCAGCAGCAGCAGCCAGGCGCGGGCAGCCCACCGCCAGAAGGCGUCAUGACCGGCGGCGGCGGCGGCGGCGGCGGCGGCGACCCCACAGCCAGCUGGGUGGGCAAGCAUGCGCAAAAACUCCGCGAAGGACUCAACGGGCAGUAUCGCCCCGCGUCGCCCGGCGCCGACGGCAACAUCUCCGCCACCCCCUUCGACCUAUCCGCAUGCAGCUUCCCCCACGGCGGCGCGUCGUCCGUCGGCCCGUCGACCCCCGCCGCCCACGUCGACAGCAGCAGCAGCAGCAACAACAACAACAUCAACAACAACAGCAGCAGCAGCAACGUCAACGGAGGCGCCGCCGCCGCCGCGGCGCCCGGCGUCGAUCUGCACCUCUUCGAGGACUGGAACGACCCGGGCAACGAGAUGUGGUACCUGCCGCCGGGGCCGGCCUUUUUCCAGAACAUGGGCGACAGCUCCGUGGCCAUGACGGCCGAGGGCGUCAACGUCGGCGGCCUGGACCUGCUCGAGUACAUGGCCAUGGAUCCGGUGCAGUUUCCCGGCAUCGACGGGCCGACGGGGGCGGGCUCUGGCGGCGGGAACGCCGGGGCUUAG